UUAUCUGGGCUUCAGCGCAUACAUCUACACACACUCUGCGGAACAUGACAGAUCCACGCAACCCAGGGAUGUCCUCUAUGCCUCAGACAGCCCCUGUGCACCCUGACUCCACGUCUCCGGCUGUAGAGAUGGACCCGGUGGAGUACACCCUUCGGAAAAGGCUCCCGCGUAAACUCCCCAAAAGACGGAAUGAUGUCUACGUCAACAUGAAGACUGAUUUCCGGGCUCAACUGGCACGCUGUCAGAAGCUGUUGGAAGGCGGGGGUCACAGGGAGAUCUGUGUCCACGGCCUGGGCCUUGCCAUCAACAGGGCUAUCAACAUCGCCCUUCAGUUACAGGCCAGCAGCCAGGGGGCACUGCAGCUGGCAGCCAACACCUCAACAGUGGAGCUUGUGGAUGACCUGGAGCCUGAAGAUCCGGAUGAGGCUGGGGAGCCCAUGACACGUACGCGCAACAACUCCGCUAUUCAUAUUAAGGUUUUCUACCCUGACCCACAGUGACCUUGGUAGAAGUUUCCUUGAUGUGUGUGGGCAGAGGUUUUCUGUUAGUCCUGUUUGUUCCUUCAUUAACCAAUUGACAGAUAUUACAUUGUUAUGUGAUGGAGCUGUAUGUGUGGAGACCUAUCAUGGCGCUAGCAGAGGACUGCAGAAUGGAGCAGAUGACAUACAAUGUGUAGGAAUACUCCCAAAUGGACAGCCUAAGUUGACUGAGUUUUAUUUGUUGUUGCAGUUUGUUAAUGUCAUCACUUUUUAUGUUUGCAUGUCUUGAAGCAUCAGUGGUGUUUUCCAGGUGAAACUUCAGUGUAAUUUAAUAUAUGUAGACAUGGCUGUGCCAAAUGUAAAUGUACAAGUGUCUUUAAUUUUAUGGCCUAAUAUCCUUCACAAGUGUUGACAGUUUCAUGUCUGUUUGUUUUUAAAUAUAGAAAUACAUAUAAAAACUGAUAAAUCCUAAGUUUACAAUUUAAGCAGAUGUUGUAGUGAAUGUCCACUAGAUGUCAGUAGUUUGCUACACAUACAUAUACCAAGAUGUUAUACUUCAGCAACCUUGCUUCCAUGGCACUAUGAGGCAACAACUUGCUUUCUAGUAAUGUUUAUAGUGUCGGUUCAGAUGAGGGUCAAAGAGUAUCUAAGAAUUGAUUUACUUUUGGUUGAGGAUAUCAUUGAAUGCAGUGGUGUUACGUUAAUGGGCAGCUUUCAUGUUUGACUUCUUGACAAAAAAUAAAAUUACCUGGAAUGUCUAAA